AUGGUUUUGUUGGGAAAAAGAAUGUUCGACACUGAUUUUGAAACUAGUUCUGAACCUAAAUCCAGCUGUGAUGAUGUAUGCCUAGCUCUGACUGAAAUCCUGAAGCUACCUCUGAUGGACAAAUGCAAUGGCUGCAGCUUCUCUAAUGUGUCUUCAAUUGCUGUUUUUUCAAGUGCCGUUUUUGUUGUCUCAUUGAUUUUGGUUCGUCUACUUUAUGUCAUAUAUCACAGUCGCAGUGCCUUGAGAAAAAGGGCUUCAAAACCUGUCAGUACCCUUAUUAUUUUAGGAUCAGGUGGUCAUACUGCUGAGAUGCUUAAUCUAUUGGCAGUGUUACAGAAAGAUAGGUUUAAUCCAAGAUUCUACAUUGCAGCUGCUACCGAUAAUAUGAGUCUUCAGAAAGCUCAGUUGUUGGAAGACUCCCUGGCUGCCCAGAAUGAAACAAGGGUCACCGAUACUGCACAGUUCAUGAAGAUAUAUCGGAGUAGGGAAGUUGGUCAAUCGUAUAUAACCUCAAUUUGGACUACAUUAAUUGCAAUGGUGCAUGCUCUGUGGCUAAUGAUUAAAAUUAGACCUGAAGUGGUACUGGGAAUCAGAUGGUCAUCCAUUUUCUAUGUUGAGAGUAUUGCAAGAGUGAGAAGGCUCUCCUUGAGCGGCUUGCUCCUAUACAAGUUGCGGAUGGCUGAUCAACUUUUUGUUCAGUGGCCACAGCUGCAACGGCAAUAUCCCCGAGCUACCUAUGUUGGUAGACUCAUAGAAGCUAGUGACCUGGUUAUUAAAAAGAAGAAUAAAAGAUGUGAAUUUCCUGGCAUUUAUGCUUACAUGGUACUGCAAGAGGAUCCACAUAGGAAGUACCAUUCGUACACUGAGUUGAACUAA